GGAGUCACAGGUUCAGCGCACGCGAGGGUUGGGCGCGCGCAGCCGGCACGCGGGCGAAAGUCUUCGGAGGCGCGGCGGACGGUGCCGAGACACAGGCGCUGCUGCAGGAGCUGCGGCCCGCACCCGCCGCAGCGCUCGCUGCCGUCAGCGGCCCUCGCGCCUCCGGUGUCCCGGCUCACUGAGGGACCCACCCCACCCCUCGCCGGUUCCAGUAGCGCGCGCAAUGGCCCCUCGCAAGAACGCCAAGGGCGGCGGCGGCAACAGCAGCAGCAGCAGCAGCAGCAGCAGCAGCAGCAGCAGCGGCUCUGGCAGCGGCUCCGGCAGCGGCAGCCCGGGCGGGGGCACCAGCGGCGGCAGCAGCAGCCCCGGGGCCCGGAGAGAGACAAAGCAUGGAGGACACAAAAACGGGAGGAAAGGAGGACUUUCUGGAAGUUCAUUUUUCACAUGGUUUAUGGUCAUUGCAUUGCUGGGCGUCUGGACUUCAGUAGCUGUCGUCUGGUUUGAUCUUGUUGAUUAUGAGGAAGUUUUAGGAAAACUAGGAGUCUAUGAUGCUGAUGGUGAUGGAGAUUUUGAUGUGGAAGAUGCCAAAGUUUUACUAGGCCUUAAAGAAAGAUCUGCUUCAAAGCCAACAGUCCCACCGGAAGAAGCUGAGCCAUACCCGUGGCUGGAGGAUCAGGUUCCCGAGGACUCAGGACCUCGGAAUAUUGAAGAUGAAGUAGAAGAACAAAUUCAGCCCCUUCUCCAUGAGUCAGUCUACACAGAACAUGGAGACGAUGAUGUUCAACAAGAAGAGGCUGGACAAGCAAGAGGACCACAACUGGAAGAUGAUGAUUUCCUUGUAGGAAGUGAUGCAGAUGAUAGAUUUGAGCCCUUGGAGACCAGAACAUUUCACGAAGAAACUGAAGAUAGUUACCCUGUAGAAGAGACAGCUUCACAGGUUUAUAAUCAGGAUAUGGAAGAGAUGAUGUAUGAGCAGGACAAUCCAGAUUCCAUGGAGCCAGUAGUGGGUGAUGAUGAAAGAAGGUACCACGAAGCAGAUGACCUUACAUACCAAGACUAUGAUGAACCAGAUAAUGCCAUAGAAGAUUCAAACACAAUUUUAGAAGAAGCGCACAUGCCCCCUGCUGAAGAACAACAGGAAGUACCACUAGAAACAAAUAGAAAAACAGACGAUCCAGAAAUAAAAGAAAAAGUUAAGAAAAAGAAGCCUAAACUAUUAAAUAAAUUUGAUAAGACUAUUAAAGCUGAACUUGAUGCUGCAGAAAAACUUCGUAAAAGGGGAAAAAUUGAAGAAGCAUUGAGUGCAUUCCAAGAACUAGUGCGCAAAUACCCUCAGAGUCCACGGGCAAGAUAUGGAAAGGCACAGUGUGAAGACGAUCUGGCUGAGAAAAGAAGGAGCAACGAGGUGCUGCGUGGGGCCAUCGAAACCUACCAGGAGGUGGCCAGCCUGCCCGAUGUCCCCACAGACUUGCUGAAGCUGACCUUGAAGCGGCGCUCAGACAGACAGCAGUUUCUGGGUCACAUGAGAGGCUCCCUGAUUACCCUACAGAAGUUAGUUCAGCUGUUUCCUGAUGAUAUGUCUUUAAAGAACGACCUUGGAGUGGGGUAUCUCUUGAUAGGGGAUAAUCACAAUGCUCAGAAGGUCUACGAAGAGGUUCUGAAUGUGACACCAAACGACGGCUUUGCUAAAGUACAUUAUGGCUUUAUCCUGAAGGCGCAGAACAAAAUUGCUGAGAGCAUUCCCUAUUUAAAGGAGGGAAUAGAAUCUGGAGAUCCCGGCACUGAUGAUGGAAGGUUUUACUUCCACCUGGGGGAUGCCAUGCAGCGGGUUGGGAACAAAGAGGCAUAUAAGUGGUACGAGCUUGGGCACAAGAGGGGCCAUUUUGCAUCUGUAUGGCAGCGCUCUCUCUACAACGUGCAUGGACUGAAAGCCCAGCCCUGGUGGACCCCGAAAGAAACCGGCUACACAGAAUUAGUGAAGUCCUUAGAAAGAAACUGGAAGUUAAUCCGUGAUGAAGGCCUUGCAGUGAUGGAUAAAGCCAAGGGCCUCUUCCUGCCUGAAGAUGAAAACCUGAGGGAGAAGGGUGACUGGAGCCAGUUUACGCUGUGGCAGCAAGGAAGAAAAAAUGAAAAUGCCUGUAAAGGAGCUCCUAAAACCUGUUCGUUACUAGAUAAAUUUCCCGAGACAACAGGAUGCCGAAGAGGACAGAUCAAAUACUCGGUCAUGCACCCGGGAACGCACGUGUGGCCGCACACGGGGCCCACCAACUGCAGGCUCCGAAUGCACUUGGGCUUGGUCAUUCCCAAGAAAGGCUGCAAGAUCCGCUGCGCCAACGAGACCAAGACAUGGGAAGAAGGCAAGGUGCUCAUCUUUGAUGACUCUUUCGAGCACGAGGUGUGGCAGGACGCCGCGUCUUUCCGACUGAUCUUCAUCGUGGAUGUGUGGCACCCAGAGCUGACACCCCAGCAGAGACACAGCCUUCCUGCGAUUUAGCAUGUCGUGCAGGCUUGGGACACACUGGAGAGAGGCUGCCUGCUGGCUCUCUCUCCUUGGGUGUGGGGACAGAGGUUCCAAGUUUGAGGGCCCAUCAUUCUCUUGAUGGGCAGCUCUCCCAAUUCUAAGGCUCCUCCUAGGGUUAGAAGACACUAAAUGGAAUAUUUUGCCUUGCUGCAGUUCAUGUUGAAAGCCCCCCACUGUCCUUCAUCCCAUGACAGCACCCAUCAUCUGAUGCCGUAUUUGCGGUGAAGACGUGAGAGCUUCUGCCUUGUCAGCCAAAGAUAUUUUUCCCCCUUUGAAGAGGCCUCAGUCAGUGUACAAUGAGAAUUCGUAUAGAAACUGUGAAUGGAUCACUUCAGUUUGUAAUUUUUCUAUGCAAUUAUAUUUUUCUAGGGUAUCUAGGCCAUGUUUUUCAUCAUGUACCACUACUUUUUUGUUGAGUUUAAUAAUAAGCUGUAUAAAUGCUUUACUUCUAGAUGGCUUAAUGGUGACUUCCCUCUUGAACUCAGAAUUCCUCUUUUAAUUCUGUUUAGUAAAAGACACUCAUAAAGAAGCAAUUUUAUUUUCCUAAUACCAAGGGGAAGGAUGUAAUUACGCUGAUGUCUGUGAACUGUACUGCUUCCCACCCACUGGGUCUGUUUGCUUUCUUAUCUUCAUUGAGAGCCAUUGUCUUAAUGUCUCUCCUAGCCAUGCAAAUGGUGGAGAUGCUGUCUUUCUAAGAGGAGCUUUUCACACUGAAACAGGACACAGAGUCAUUUUAUAUUGAGUCACAAAAGUGUCACCAGUAAAUUUUUUUAAUGCCAAGAAUUAGAACUGGAAAAAAAAAAAAGUAACAUUACUCAAAGAAAAAUUUUCUCUCGGGAUGAGGCAGACAGGCAACUGCCAGGACAUCUGGCUCCUUGGGCUCUUUGGCAUCUGAGACAGGCCCCGAAUCCAGAGUCUCUUUGCCUGUUGUAAAUCCCUGUACAUGGAUUCCCAUCACAGUUUUAUAAAAAUAUGAAGGAUGGCAGAGCGGAAGCCCGAGAAUGCCAGGAUCUUGGUCCUGGGUUCAGGAUCACCUUCUUCUCUGAAAGAGUUCGAAAGACUCUUCUCUUUCCCUGGCUUGAGAAACUUCUGCCAUUCAAAUAGAGCUUAGAAGUAGCAUUUGUUAUCCACAGGUUAGCUCUAAUCUUACCCACAGCAUAGAAACAACUGUUGGAAAAAUGGGCUUGCCUACUUAUUCCAAAGAUGAUCAAAUUAUUAAUUUAGAAGGACAUUAAUGUAUUAAAUAUUUCAUGUUUCCAA